GGGCCCAGAGCAGUGUUCCCGCCCCAAUGGACCACAAGGGAGCCCCAUGUAAGAAGGGGGCUCACAAAUCAGCAGAGAAAAGGCAGAUGGAAGUUCACAACGAGCAGGUCGGGAAGGUUGCCUCAACACACAGACAGCAGCAGGGGCGUCGUGUCGUGUCCUGACAGACAUCGGAGGCCCGAAGCCAAGCCAGUGGAAUCGCUACAGAGAAACAAGACCAAGAACUCCACAGAAAGGGAGCUAAGGGAGACCACAUACGGCCCCGAUGGCCAGGAAGCAGGAAGGAGACGCACUAACCAGGACCGCAACUCUACAGCCAGGGACGGGCUCGUCAUGUGCAGACUUCAACAUCUCGGAAAAGCAGUGACACCAAGUGGCGUCGAGGACGUGGAGCACCAGUGAGUGUGUUCCCUGGGGCAUCCUAGAGACGCCCUGGCAGUGCUCCCCAGAGGGACCCAGGUGUCCCAAAGACCCAGCACUUUCCUGGACCUGUAGGGAGAAGCUCAUGGACCAUUACCUGGGCCACAACGCUGAGGACCCUGCUCUGGAAGGAACUUAUGCUGGGAGAUCUGACUACAUCUCUCCCCUUGAUGACCUGGCUUUCGACAUGUACCAAGACCCUGAGGUCGCACAGAUCAUCCGCAGGCUGGAUGAGAGGAAGCGGGAGGCUGUCCAGAGGGAACGCUACGAUCACGCCAAGAAACUGAAGCAGGCCAUCGCCGACCUGCAGAAGGUCGGCGAGCGCCUGGGGCGCUACGAGGUAGAGAAGCGCUGUGCCGUGGAGAAGGAGGACUAUGACCUGGCCAAGGAGAAGCAGCAGCAGAUGGCGCGCUACCGGGCCCAGGUGUAUGAGCAGCUGGCGCUGCAUGGCCUCCUGCAGGGCGAGCCUGAGCAGGUGCAGAGGCCUCUCCGUCUGCCCCUCCAGCCCCUCGCCCAUGCCAGCAGUCCCCGCUGCCGAAAGCACGUGCCCUCCCUCCCACAGCCGGAGGAGAUGGUUCCAGAAAACCAGCUUGCAGACCCUCUCCUCCCGGAACAACCAGUAUCACACGUCCUGACACCUUCUCCGAGGUGCUUGGCUCCAGACCAGCCGCCACCUGCCACAACUCCCGCUCCGCAGAGCACCGCCGAGGCCCUGCCCUAUGACGAGCGGCCUCUCCCUGCCACCCGCAAGCAGCCCGGAGAAGUGCUGGCAAAGCUGGAAGCGGGCGAGGCUGACGCCAGUGAUGCCCGGAGAAGAAGCCUUGCUGGGGAGCCAGAGCCCCUGACAGAGAAAGCACUGCGAGAAGCCGGCACUGCCAUCGAUGUGCUCGGCGAGAGCUUGGUGGCCGGGGCCUACUCCAAGACCUGGUCCUGCCGCGAGAACGCUCUGCUUGCCUUGUACGAAAAGCUGAUGGAGGUGCCUGCUGGAGCCCCAAAGGAGGACGCAAAGAACAUGCUGCGCGCGUCUGUCUUCCUCACCCGCAGAGCCAUCAAGGACAUCGUGACCUCGGUCUUCCAGGCCUCCCUGAAGCUGUUGAAAAUGCUCCUCACCCAGUACGUGCCCAAGCACAAGCUGAGCAAGCUGGAAACCUCGCACUGUGUGGAGCGGACCCUUCCUGCGCUGCUGGCCAGAACUGGGGACUCCUCCGCCCGCCUCCGUGGCAUGGCCUCCAACUUCAUCCAGGAAAUGGCCCUGUGUAAGGAGGUCCGCGCGCUGCAGGUGGUCCCGUCCUACUUGGUGCAGCCGCUGAAGCCCAACUGCUCGGCGCACCUGGCCAUGAGUCAGGUGGACCUCCUGGCGCGGCUGCUGCGAGACUUGGGCAUGGCGGGCUCCGGCUUCACCGUAGACAGCGUGAUGAAGUUCGCAGUGAGCGCCCUGGAGCACAGGGUGCACGAGGUCCGGGAGAUGGCCGUCAGGCUCAUCCUGGACAUGUAUGCGGAGCACCGGGCGCUGGUGCUGGAGCACCUUCCCCCAGACGACAGCAGCACGCGCAGGAACCUGCUCUACAAGACCAUCUUCGAGGGGCUCGCCAGGAUCGACGGCAGGCCCCCCCACGGCGAGAGGAGGGCGAAGGAGGGUGAUGCUGAGAGGCCCAGGAACCAGGACAGUCCAGGCAGGAACACGGCACCACCGAACAUCCCCGACAGCCACUACCUGGACAACCUGUGCAUCUUCUGCGGGGAGCGGAGCGAGGCCUUCACGGAGGAGGGCCUGGACCUGCACUACUGGAAGCACUGCCUCAUGCUGACGCGCUGUGGCCACUGCGGGCAGGUGGUGGAGAUCGCCAGCCUGACAGAGCACCUGCUGACUGAGUGCGACAGCAAGGACGCCUUCGGGAAGUGCUACCGCUGCAGCGAGGCAGUUCCCAAGGAGGAGCUGCCCCGACACAUAAAAGCAAAGGCGUGCACCCCUGCCAGGUCUGAGAAGCUGGCGAACCGGUGUCCUUUGUGCCACGAGAAUUUUACUCCUGGAGAAGAGGCGUGGAAGCUGCACCUGAUGAGCCCCUCCGGCUGCACCAUGAACCUGCGCAGGACACACAGCCUGCCCAAGGCCCCCGCACCGCCCCAGGGGAAAGGCUCCAUAACAGCCAGGUCAGGAACCUCAGGACCGAAGGCCGGAAGCAAAAUCCCAACCCCAAAGGGAGGCCUGAGCAAGAGCUCCAACAGGACGUACACCAGGCGGUGACACAGUGGCGCUCUCUCCGUCGGGGACCAGGCACUGUCCUGCCUCCAAGCCCUUUCUCCAGAACGCUGGAUGCGCAGCCCCUGCUCUGUCUCUGUGGCCCCGGCUCCCAUGCUGGUGCCUGGUCCGCUCUGUCUUGCUAAAGGUGUGCGUAGUUCUUAACCAAAGAAGCCAGGAGCUGAGCUCCCAACCCGACUCCGUGGCCUUCGGGUUCAGCCCCUCUGGCCUCAGGGACCAACAUAAAGGUGAGCGAGGAAAUGUAAGAGACUGCAGCCGCAGGAACCAGUGCCGCGGGCAGGCUUGCUCUCAGCCCAAGGCCCCACCUUGUGGCCGCACCCUCACUGGCCAGGCCCAGGGGACAGUGUGGUGGGAUGACACGCCAGGCCAGCCUCACCCCACCUCGCAGCCGUCUGCAGGCUUCGGCUGUGGUCCUGGCACCAGACACUCCCUGCAAGCGCAGGCCAGCUCAGGUCUGUCCUGCUGUCCUUUAUCCCAACUCUGGGAGUGAACUGGAAGUCUGAUUUUCAGACCAUCCAUAGGAUGCUGAAACAUAAGGCGCUGUCUCGGACCCAACCUGGACCUCAGGAAAGCACCCCUCACGGCCAGCAGGGCAACCAGCAAGACGAGCUGCCCACUGUGUACUUGGACACGCCCAUCUUGUCAUGUCUCCGUGCCCUCUGCCUCAAGUGCCAGGCAGCCAUGGGCUGCAGGACAGGCCACUUCCACAGUGGCCGGGUGCUGCUCACACCCUGAGUUUGCGUAGGCAGCCUGCAAAAUGCACUCAGAAGUGUGUGGGUUGGAGGGAGCUACUUCCUGUGACUAGUGUGGGAGCGCUUCUAAGUCCCAACCAGGUGAACAGCAAAGCAGGUGUGAGGCAGGAGGGGCGCCGAGAGCUCCAGACAGCCUAGGCUGCGCGGCGAGGCUGUGCCCCGAGACGCCGAGCGCUGUGAGCACCCGGCUCCCAGCGACAUGGUCACCAAGAACGUGGACCGACUAACCCCUGCUUUCGGCAAACUAGUACCUCAGGGUGCGGCUGGAUGAGAACAAGACCUACCAAGAUGGUAAUCUGUUAAAAAUCUUUGCAUGAGCAGAGAGGUGACACAAAACUAUUAGACAAGGUGAAGUACAGCUGCCAGGGCUGCUGGCCAGUGGAGCUGUGUCCACAGAUGUUGGCCAUCGCUUUCUAAGGCAUCUUUUAAGACUAGAGAAAGCACUUCCAUAAAUAAAAUGAAGAAAAUUAACCAAGAAAUUACUCUUUUCUCUGCAAUCCAAACUUAUUAGAUGUACAUAGUGUCUCUUAUCUGUUUUAACUUAAGACAUUUGUAAAAAAUAAUUCAUUUUAGCCAGGCAUGGCUGCACCUGUAAUCCCAGCACUGGGGAAACUGAGGCAGGAGGA